AUGACCACACCCGGGGCUUCCCCAGGAGGUGUGGAGUACAGCAAAAAGAGGCAAGACGACGCGGAGGCGUCUGAGCUGCGCCGCCGCACGGUACGGCGGGCCACAGAUGCGCAACGCGCCGGGCAGGAACCGCUACAGCAGCAGGAGGGCCUCAGCGAGAGUGACAAGUGGUGGCCACCAGCGAACCAGAACUGGUCUGGCCGCAUGUUCGGCUCCCCCUUCGACAAGAACAAGAAGAAGCUGGACGGCAUGUUUGUGCCGGAGCUAAAGGAGGUGUUUAGCCCGGAGAAGCCGCUGGAGCUCAGUUACGAGGGCGACAACUUCUUCAUCAACUCCGACUUCCACAUGGCGGAUGAGACGUUCGAGGAGACGCGGCGCUUUGUGCCGCCGCCAAGCUUCGACCCAGCCGUCGACGAGAUCGACGACGAUGGCUUCACCGACAGCAAAGUUAUGUUUGACAUCCAAGCCGCCUUGGAGGAGGAUAAAAAGCGGCUGGAGGCGUUUGGCAACCCCAUGACGGUGGAGGACCAGGUAGACCACCUCCUCGCCCCUCAGCGCGACGGGCAGGAGAACAUCCAGCAGCGGCAGGAGUUCAAUGGUUUCGUGCACUGGGGGCUGCUGCACGGGGCGCACCUGGUGUUGGAGGAAAAUCAGGACGCCAAGCGCGCGCACGAGUUUGUGAACCGCUACAUGCGCGAUAUCGACCUCUUCGAGAAGUGGCUGGAGCAUCCAAAGGUGCGGACGCACAUCGAGAAGAAGUUUGGUAUCGACAUGUCCGCCAAGUUCGAUAAGUUGAUGGCGCUGACCAUGGCCAUGUACACGCGGUCGAAGAUCCAAGUGUACGAAGACGACCCAGCCGGGGCCCUCAAGUCCCUGACAGCCAGCAUGAGCUUCAUCACGGAAGGGGCCGACCUGAAGAAGGAACGCCAUCGUAAGGCCCUUGGGGCGGUGCUUGUCGCCCGUGGCAUGAUCUACUGCAAGCUCAAGUCGUUUCACCGCGCCGAGGAUGACCUGACACGCGCGCUAGCCUUCGUCAAGGCAAACCGCUCCGCCACGCUAUACCAGCUGCGCGCCGAGGCGAGGGAGGCACUGGGCCGCAUUGACGAGGCCCGCGCCGACGAGGAGCGCGCCGCGCAGAUUUGGGAGGAGGCGGAGGUCAUCAGGCCUGGCAUGGAUGGUGCGCCGCGCAAGUUUGUGACGUAG